AUCGUACAGUGCAUUCUGGGAUUUGAAGUACUUGUCGCGUAGUGGCCAAGUAAAGUACUAAAGUUUUUUUAAUGGUUAGACGACAAUAUUAGCUAUGAUAUAAACAGGGCUAAUCGAAAUCCAUUAGCAUGAUUACCAUUAGUUAUGUGUCUGCCGGACAGGGUUUUAUUUGAGGGGUGUUGAUGCUGUCACUUUUAAAUCCACGCAUGUUGUAAGAACUGGCAGGACCACAACAGUACCGGGACACCUGAUCUGACCCAUCGCUAGGCAACAAGGACGCCCCUGCUGCAGAAACUGGGGCCUUGGCACCAGUUUGCUUCUCACUAUCACAGCAGUGUGCCGCUUUGAAAUUGUGGUGAGAAGUUCCCCAGGUGCAAACUUGGGAAGUGUUUGGAAAAAGAGACGGCACAAUGGAUAACGAUGCUGUGCCGGACUAUGAGUACCCAGACUAUGAUCCUGUGGCCAAGAAGAUUAACAGAGAGUGAAGGGCGGUCGUCAACCCCAUCCAUCCUGGAUGUUUCUCUUCCGCAACACAUUCAUAACGUGUACUCCAUGAGACCUUCUUCUAAUAUGAAAGUGGAUUUCAGCUUCGACAAAAGGUCCUGAUGGUGACGUGUGAAAGGUUUAGCGAGAAUAAUUCCUCCAUGUGACCCCACUGCAGAUGACAGGCUCUACCACAUAUGCAUCAGCGCAAUAUCACUGGUUGUCAUGGUGAUCCUUGCAUUCUUAGCCAGACGCACAAAAGCAGGCAAACAGACAGGACUCCCAGGUUUACUCAGUCCGGUCAACUUCCUGGACCAUACCCAGCACAAGGGCCUGGCAGUGGCUGUGUUUGGAGUGCUCUUGUGUAAACUCUGCAGCAUGGUCAUAUUACCAAACCCUCUGCCCUUCACCACCGAAGCCGAGAACAAACAGAACUGGAUGAUCCUGGGUGUCUUCUUCUACCCCACACUUUACUACCCUCUCCUGGCAUGUGGCACCCUGCAUAAUAAAGUCGGCUAUGUACUCGGUAGCCUUUUGUCAUGGACGCACUUUGGUAUCUUGGUUUGGCAGAAGAUCGAUUGCCCCAAAACGGCACAGAUACAUAAACACUACGCACUGUUCUCCAGUCUGCCCCAGAUAGCUUGUUUGGCAUUUCUCAGUUUCCAGUACCCUCUUCUCCUUUUCAAGGGCUUGAAGGGCACUGAAAAGAGCAACGUUACUGAGGAUCUAAACAGCAGCUAUUACAGCGACUAUGUGAAGAAACUGCUUAAAAAGAAAAAGCACAUGAAAAUCAGGAUAUCAAGCACAGAGACCCCCAAGCUCCCCCAAAGAAUACAAAAUGCUUUGAAGGCCUAUAUUUAUACACCAGAAGAAGCUUUCAGGUUCCCUCUAAAGUUGGCCAUUUCUGGAGUGGUGUCAUUUAUCGCACUUUAUCAGGUUGGCCUGCUCCUAAUCAUGGCCGUAGUGCCUUCACUCCAGAUCGCUCGGAUGGGAGUCGAUGAAGACAUUGCCAACGUUUUAGCCGGCUUCAGGAUCGUGCUCUCUCCAGACAAACACGAAGUGGUCCGAAUUGUGGUCUAUUACAUGUGGUGUGUGGAGGUGUGCUACAUCUCGGCGAUGACCCUGUCAACUCUUGUCAACUUGACAAUGUUCAUGAGGUCCAUGGUUCUCCAUCGGUCUAACCUCAGGGGCCUGUACAGGGGAGAUAUUUAUAAUGUCUAUAACUGCCAGAGAAGUAUGCGGGCUUCCGGACCAGCUCUGGUCUGCUGGAUGGGAUACACCAGCUUCACAGCAGCUCAUGUGUGCAUCGGCAUGAUGGUCCAAACCAUGGUGUUCUUCCUCUGUCUUCUUAUCGCUGUCUUCCUCAUUGUCAUGCCCAUCUUGCACGGACAGAACCUCAUUCUUUUUCAGAUCCUCUGGAGCAUGUGGCCUUUCUGGCUGAUGAUUCUCCUGGCUGUGCUGUUUCAGCAUAUCACUUCGAGGUUUUGUUUUAUCAAACGGAAGAGUGGCACACGAGACCUUGACAACAGGGGCAACCUCUUCCUGCUGACUUACCUGCUGUUUCCAGUCAAUGUUCUCAUCGGGGUGCUACUCGCAGUCUGGCGCAUGAUCAUCACAUCCUUGUUCAACAUUGUUCACAUGGGACGCAUGGACAUCAGUCUUCUGAAUAGAAAUGUGGAGGCAUUUGAUCCAGCCUACCGCUGUUAUGCUCAUUAUCUGAAGAUUGAGGUGAGCCAGUCCCACCCUGUGAUGAAGGCUUUCUGCGGGAUACUGCUACAGUCUGCAGGCCAAAGGAACAAUGUCGUGCAGAGGUCACAGGACGCUGAAGAGGGGAUCCAGCUGGUCCAGCAGGAGAAGAAGCACUCGAAGGUUUCCGGCGCCAAGCGUGCCCGAGGCCAUUGGCAGCUCCUCUACACUCUGGCCAACAACCCCUCACUGGUGGGCACCAGGAAGCACUUCCAGCAGGGAGCGGCCGCCGAGAGCUUUGUCAACGGGAGCCUGAAGGGCAGCAAGAAGGAGGCCGAGGCGGCCGUCUGCAACUGAACAGCGGAGGCUGGAUUGUGAUGGAUGUCAAUGAAUGAUGCAGUCCUGUUGUUGUUUUUGUUGUUUUGCCACUCCUUACUUAGAGCUCAGUGCCUCUGCAUGAUAAUGAUCAUGUCUACCCCCCCCCCCACCCCCCUUAACAUGUGCAUGUCGAUGGGAGGAGCUGCUGUUGGCACCAUCCAACCAUCUUGAUGUUCAAUCCUCAAAAUACAGACUGGAAUACCACUUAUUUGCCUCUCUGCCAAAUGCAAGGCCGAUCAUUCCGCUGUCACUUCAGAGCAAACUAAACGCAUUCAUGUGCCAAGCAGCAUGUUAAGUGGGUAUUUAUUUGGGUCCUGCCUAUUUAUACAUUUAGAGAAUCAUGUUUCACAUGCUGGGUUGUCGUUUUCCCGCAUUUCAAUUUUUGUGUGAUUACAAAAAUCUGGUGACAGGCAAAUUCAUACAUUUUAUUUUUUAUCUCACUGCCUUUCCCGUGUUGUUGCCGCAUCUGUUCGCCUCUUUUUUUUUUUCAUUUGAAAAGUUUUAAAUGAAAACCCCGUGAAUAUACUUAUUAUUAAAGAUAAAACAGGAAAAUACGAGUGUUCUCUAUGUCAAAUCGCUGAGAGAGAAAAAAGAUCGGAAUGGACGUUCAUAUUUAAUAUCUUAAUUUAAAAAAAAAAAAGAAUCACGCGAGUUCAGUAUAAAAACAGUCGGUGGAAUGGGCAGCGGCAAUUUAAAAAAAAAACGUUUCAAUUUGUCUUGCGUUGUAUAUUUGUCUGGAAAGUCAAUGAAAAUUCCACAGAAGACCUUUUUUUCGAAUAUUUUAAUAAUUCCACUUACAAGAAAUUAUAUCAAAAAUCUCGAAAGCUCACUUUGUUUUUCCAUUUUACAUCAUGUGUAACAAAAAAGAAAAAAACCUCACGAGUAUAUUAAAGUACAAGAAGAAAGAAGCCGACGGACGCGCUCCUGCGUCCUUUUGUUUUGGGGGCUUCAUAGAAAUUCAUUUAAAAAAUUAACAAUAUUGUACAAGGCUUCACAGUACAGGUUGACAGCAUCUAACAACAAAAUAAAAGAAAGCAUCUACUGGUCGAAGAAAAAGCACACGAGUAUAAAGAGCGGUGACAUCAUGCCACGGACGAUACAGGAUGACGGCUCGGCUCGACUCGGUUCGGGCUCAGUGGCGCACUUCUGAAGCCGCACGUCGUGUCGGGUGAGAUGGAAAUUAGAGGUCAAUAUUUUAAAAAUUUAAAAUCCAGAGAAAAGUCUCAGUGGGGCCGUUUGGCGGACUUUUUACAUCGUGUUUCGCAUCCAAAUACCGGUGAUAUUUCCUGAGAGGCUUUAUUUUUUUUUUAUACCCAAACCGGAUUAAUAAAAAAUGUCUUUACAAAACGGAUUCCUGCGGUCGGUGCGAAUACAUUUGGAAUGAUUUGUCUCUUGUGUGUUUGCAUCUUUUUGUGCCUGGGGAACAAAUUUGCAACCGCGCCACAGAAUCUUCGGUGUGCCUUCAGAUAUCAUCAAAUGUGCUACUAAAAAUUGUAGCUUUACAAUUUCAGAUAUUUGUUCCCAAAAUCAGCCUCCUAUUUCUUUACUCUAAAUAAAGUAUAUUUUUAUAGCUGCGCCCGCGACGUACUUUGGCAGAACAAUUGAAAGCCCUCGCUUGAGUAGAACUUUUUUCAAUCUUUAAAUUUUAUUUGUUUUUUUUGUGCCAUUAUUUUUUUAAAUGUAAAAUGCGUGCCUUGGCUCAGUAAAGAUUGGUAACCACUGAUAUAAAAUAAUCGCAGCCGAUGAUUUUUACAGUGAAUAAGCGCCUCUUUUUUUUUUUUUUUUUUUUUGGUGCGUUUCUUAACAUU